UUGAACGAUAAUUUAGUAAAGGGAUUUAUCCAGCUAUUAAUUUUAGACGUUGCGUCCCUAAUAUUAUUAGUAAGAAAGUUAGGCAGCGGUGUGAGGAUUUGCGUUAAUUAUAGAGGUAUUAAUAAUAUUUCUUUGAAAAAUAAGUAUUUGCUACUAUUAAUUAAAGAAAUAUUAGACGUUAUUUAUAGAGUAAAAUAG